UCAAGCCGUUCCACCAAGAAAAAAGGGCGAGAAACAAAGGACCCAGAAAAGUUUCCACUUUCCUCGGUGAAGCUGCAUUUCUAUGCUUAACACGAUUGCAUUUUUACCACUUCAGGAAUGGAACCGGCUCAUGAUAAAGAUAAAUCAGAGAACGAGAAAAGUGGAGCAGAGCUAAAUGGUUUGCUGGAAAUUCUACCCCCAGUUGAGUUCUGUUGUGUUUAUGGUUCCACUCUCCAUCCAAACAAUCUCGACAAGAACUCGAUGAUAGAUUGCAUUAUUGGUGUGUCUGAUCCUGAGAAAUGGCAUUCUGAGAACUUGAAGAUGAAUAGGAAUCACUAUGCUUCAUGGUUGGUGCACUUCGGUGGUGCAAGGCUGAUUGCUGGCGUAGCUGAUGAUAUUGGCGUUGGCGUGCACUUCAAUCCAUUUGUUUCGUUGAAUGAUAAGAUGUAUAAGUAUGGAGUUGUUAGAAUGGAUGACUUGAUUAACGACAUUCUGGGAUGGCAGAGAUUCUACCUUUGUGGCCGCUUGCAAAAACCUGUAAAUAUCAUCAUGGAUAGUUUGGAUCUUGAAAAUCUGAAUCACAUUAAUCUGAGGGCUGCAACUUCUGCUGCUCUUCUCCUUUUGCCAUCCAAGUUUACAGAGGAGGAUCUAUAUGCCAAAAUAUGUAGCCUAUCAUAUAUGGGCGACUUAAGAAUGCUCUUUGCUGAAGACAAAAAUAAAGUGAAAAAGAUUGUCCAAGGGCAGUUCAGUUUGUUUCAUAGAAUGUAUAACCCUUUCCUUGAAGAAUAUGCAGCCAAGGACUUGUUGAGACUUUCAUCUUCUGGUGAUGCUCAAGUAACUAUAUCUCAGGAUUGUGGGUCAUCUGCUGCUUCAAAACUUGUCUCUUCUCUUCCACCACCAAUCAGAAGUCAAAUGGGGAUAAAACUUGGAGAGAAGAAAAUACUGGAUGAAUUGGGUCGAGUUAAACAAGAAGUUGUAAUUGGUUCAAAAGAAGAGGCUGCACAGUGUAUGCAGAAGCUUCUUAGGAACAAAGUUAUGAUUUCAAGUGCAAGGCAGGCUGUUGCUGGCCUAUUGACAGUUGGUGUAUUUGGCGGAGCUCGAUAUGUUAGUAAAAAAAUGCAGAAGGCCUGGAAAUCUUAGAUAUAAUCUCUAUUCAGAGAACCAAGGAGUUGAAGGGGCUCUACCAUUUGUGAAGACCUGCCCAGUCCAUUUUUUAUUGUCUAAGAUGGUCAGGGAAGAAGAAGGAAAAGACAGAGAAAAAGAAGGCUCCCUCCUGCACCAGACUCACCAGAAGUCAAAAUCCUCAAGGAGAGUGAUACAAGAACAUAUUUCUCCUUUUGCUGAAAUAGGUCCGAAGAACAAUUUUGAGAGAAUGAUGGUCGGGAAGGGUCAACCAAAGAAAAGAAAAUGUGCUUUACGUGUAUGUCUUUUGUAGACGCAGAUGAAGCGACGGUAAAUGUGGAUCAAAUAGCAAGUUUUCGUCUGUGAACAGCGAACAUGUUAAGCCUACGAAAAUUGCUAUUAGAACAUGGAUUUUGUACAACAGGAAUUUCAUUGUUAGACAUGAUGAAGAAGCUUUGUGGCAAAUCUUGCCGAUGAGCGCCCAACAUUUUGUAUUCCUGCCUGUGAACAAAGGCAAAAAACAGCAGGAGAAGGAAUCCUUCAAUCUCCAGAUAUCAGUUAAUUGUCUCUUUACAAUCAGAUGUCUGCAAAUAGAAGUCCUGUUUCUCUCAAUUGCAAAAUCCAUUUCAGAGAUGGUUGUCAUUGCUUCUGUAAUCUUAGCUUCUGUGCAAAAAGAUUUACUGGAAUUGUCAUAGUAC